AUAUAAAGCGGCUACAUGUGCCAGAAGCCACCGAGAGAGCUCAACGCCAGCAAGAACAGGACUCCUGAACCACAAUCUGACCAGCCCCUCUCCCACAACAUGGGCAGUUUCUGGGCACGGUUACUGAUCCUCUUCUGCUCUGCAUCUUUCCCGGCCGGCUCGCACUUUGCAGGUGAACAACUGACCGGCCUGCCCUUCGCCUUCGUGGAGGGAGAAUCUCUCCAGGACCCUGAGGUUGAGCCUACGGGAAGGAACCAAAACAAACCUGCACCUUUCCGCCGCUCCAACGCAGAUGCUUGGAGGUUGCCUGGCCAAUACAUAGUGGUGCUAAAAGAAAACACUCACAAAUCCCAGAUAGAACGCACAAUACACAGGCUUUCUACCAAGGCAGCCAGGCAUGGCUACAAGUCUGAACUUGUUAUGGUCUUCCAUGAGGUCUUCAAGGGCUUUGUCAUCAAAAUGAGCAGCGACGUGCUGGACAUGGCCCUGAGGUUACCUCACCUUGAGUACAUUGAAGAAGACUCGUCCUUGUUUGCUCAGACCAUCCCAUGGAAUCUAAAUCGAAUUGUUCAUUCAGAGAACACAGCCGAACAGUAUUCCCCACCAAAUAACGGCGAACUGGCAGAAGUUUACUUACUUGACACAAGUGUGCAGACCAACCACCGUGAGAUUGAAGGGAAAGUUUAUGUCACAGAAUUUGAAAGAGUCCCAGAAGAAGAUGGCGCUCGAUUCUACCACCAGGCUAAUAAAUGCGACAACCAUGGGACACACACUGCGGGAGUGGUGAGCGGGCGCGACUCGGGCGUUGCCAAAGGAGCAAACAUGCGCACUGUGAGGAUUCUCAACUGUCAGGGCAGGGGGACUGUAAGCGGAGCACUGGCCGGUUUGGAGUUCAUCAGGAAAACUCUGAUUGUUCAGCCCUACAAACCUUUGAUCGUGCUGUUGCCUUUUGUUGGGGGGUUUAGCCAGACUCUGAACUCAGCCUGCAGACAGUUGGCAUGGACUGGCGUGGCGUUAAUUGCAGCUGCCGGGAACCAGAAGGACGAUGCCUGCUUGUACUCGCCCGCCUCGGAACCAGAGGUUAUCACUGUUGGUUCCACCAAUUAUAACAACCAGCCAAGCACCACCGGAACUGUGGGAACUAAUUCUGGUCGUUGUGUUGACAUCUUUGCUCCUGGCGAUGACAUUGUCAGUGCUUCCAGUGACUGCGUCACAUGCUUCACCUCGAAGAGCGGAACAUCGCAGUCAGCAGCGCAUGUGGCAGGCAUUGCAGCGAUGAUAAUGAAUGCUGAUCCCAACAUCACUGUAACUGAACUACGCCAGAGACUAAUUCAUGACUCCACAAAGAAAGCAAUCAAUGAUGUCUGGUUUCCAGAGGAACAGCGACUGGUAACUCCCAACAGGAUUGCAAGAUUGACUUUGCCUGUGCUAAUGGAUAACCAGCUGUUGUGCCGGACUGUGUGGUCAAAGAGGUCAGGGCUUGCACGCUCAGCCAAGGCUACAGCGCAUUGUAACAAGGAUGAGGAAAUGUUCAGUUGUUCAAGUUUCUCGAAGAACGGAAAGAGAAGAGGCGAACAUAUAGAGGAAGAGCAAGCUGCAAAGAAAUGUAUAGCUCACAAUGCCUUCGGCAGUGAUGGGGUUUACGCCAUUGCCAGGUGCUGCUCUUGGCCCAGAGCUGAAUGUCUCAUCAAUGCAAGUUCAGUGGCUGAUGAUGGCACCACACAAGCGGCAGGCUGUCCACACAAGGAUUACGUCCUCACUGGCUGCAGCUCGCAUUCCUUUACAAAGUUUGGUGAUACCACCAUGCCCCAAGCAAACAAAUGUCUUGGACAAAAGGAGACAACCUCACAUGCCACCUGUUGUCAAGCUGCAAGUCUCGAGUGCAAGGUGAAGGAACAACGUCGCACUGGGCAAAUGGAAAAGGUGUUGGCGUCGUGUGAUGAAGGCUGGACCUUGACUGGGUGCAGUGCCUAUUCCCAUGGGUCCCACACUCAUGGGGCAUAUCCCGUGGACAACACAUGCAUGGUAAUGUCCUCUGGAAAGGCGAAAGGUGCUGCAGCCAUUGCCAUUUGCUGCCGGAGGAGAAGAGAACUGAAGUCUGACCCAAACCUUGGCCUGGAGUAAAAUAUGCCCAUUGGUUUUAUCCCUCACCCCCUCUCACCAACUUUGUAUACUUGAGCAUAACACGAUGGGCUGGAAGAACCCGGGAAGGGGUCAGGUAAUAUCUAUGGAGGGAAUGGAAAGUUGAUGUAUCGGGUUGGGACCCUUCUUCAGAAUUCUCUGCUCAUUCCCUCCACAGAUCAUACUUAAGUUGAGUUUCUCCACAACUAUGUUUUGUUAAAAUGACCAGCAUCUGCAGUUCAUGUCUCAACUUUAUAUAUUCCCUUCUUUUCUGCAGGUAGGCAAUGUUGCUGUGGUAUAGUCUAGGGGAAAGGAUAGGUCGCAUUUAACCAGCUCAAAGCCACGGUUGAUGGUAACAGGGCAACUAUUGGUGAACUGCAUUCCCUGACAGCUGAGCUCAAUCACAUCCUCCUGAAAUCAGUCUAUAGUUUACAGCAAGUGGAAAGAAACAGGCCAAAUUCCCCAGCCCUUCUGAACCCAAAGCUCAGGUAUUGUCAAAUGUCUGGAGCUAAUUUGAUUUACUAUUUUUUUUUUCCUGGGUGGUUGCUUUUUCGUUUAUAGCUUUACAUAGGUAACGUCAAGCUUAGUUUAGUUUAGAGAUACAGUGUAGAAACAGGCCAUUUGGCUCACCGAGUCCGCACCAACCAAUGAUCACCCGUACGUUAGUUCUAUCCUACACUCACUUGUAGAUAGUUAUACAAGAACACGUCAGUAAUAACGCAACCAUUGGUAGCAGCUGAGCACAGUAAUGAUUAGGUCUGUUCAUUCUUCAGCACAAGUAAAAUAAUACCCAGUUACUCACUGAAUAAAUACAGAUGGGAUGACAGAAAUUCACUGUGGUGCCUGAUCUCUCUAGAACAAACAUGUUGAACAUGGCUACACAUACAAUAUUUUGAUUUGCCAACAUUUAUGGAUCCUUAUUUGCCAUUUCCCCAAAUU